UAAUUAAAAAGUGACAGCCAAACGAGUCAAACUAAACUAUAAAAGCAGCCUACGAGCAUCAGACAAAUAAUUCUAGUCUCCGUAAUUCCUUUCAAUAUGUUCAAUCUCCACGUGUUGGCUUUGCUGCUAAUAAUAUCAACGGUGAUUUGCCAGGCCAGCCUUACGGCAAGCCAAAUCGCAAAGGUUCACGAACACGCGGUGCCAUGUCAGGAAAAGUUUGGCAUUCCAGCCAGUUGGCACUUGGAGGAACGCGCCGAGGACGGCGAUCUGACGCUGGUGGAUGAUCGGUUUAAGAAGUUUUCGUUUUGCGUUUUGAGUCGGAUGGAUCUCGUCGAUGGCAGAGGAAAUUUACGGCCUGAUACGAUUAGUAAAUAUAUGUCAGAUGGACACGACAUUUCAACACUGCCCGGUAUGUUGGACGAAUGCAGCCUCAAGAAGGGCACUCCGGAGGAUAAAUCGUUUUAUUUUUAUCAGUGUUACUUUAAGCAGCAUGUUUUUAAAAUUUAAUUCGAUCGAAUGACUUCAUUCUAGCUAGAGUCAUCUGAAAUUCCGAGAACAGAUCAUCCGUUCCUCAAUAAAUACAAAAUCUCAAUCAGCUUUCAA